CUUCCUCUUACAACACACGUGAAAAUGGCAGAAACACAAACAUCACAGACCUCCUCAAUGGAAUCAUCACAAACGCCACAAGAAGACAGUUUCAUACCAGCGAAAAGAAAAUUAAGGAAACGAAAGAUGGUUGAAAGUGAUUCCAAGGAAGAAACUGUUAUGGAUACGUCGGAAUCAGCCGCCAAACGUCCCAGUUUUCCUCCUAUCAGCAGUGAUAAAUUGAUGGGUGGUUCUACAGAAAUGAGGAAGAUUCCCAUCCCACAAAACAGAUAUACUCCACUCAAGGAAAACUGGAUGAAAAUAUUUACUCCAGUUGUUGAACAUCUACAUCUACAGAUAAGGUUCAACUUGCGGUCGCGAAAUGUUGAAAUAAAGACUUGCAAGGAAACAAAAGAUAUAGGUGCACUUCAGAAAGCAGCUGACUUUGUAAAAGCGUUUUCCCUUGGAUUUGAAGUAGAUGAUGCCCUAGCUCUUGUGAGGCUGGAUGAUUUAUAUCUGGAGUCAUUUUCUGUUACAGAUGUCAAACCCUUGAAGGGCGACCAUCUUGCCAGGGCUAUAGGAAGACUGGCAGGGAAAAAUGGCAAGACAAAAUUCACAAUUGAGAAUGUCACAAAAACUAGGAUUGUCCUAGCUGAUACGAAAGUGAAUAUCCUUGGUUCCUAUCAAAAUAUCCAGGUUGCAAGAAGAGCAAUAUGCAAUCUCAUAUUGGGGAGUCCGCCAUCCAAAGUAUAUGGCCAGAUGAGGAGUGUUGCCUCUAGGUCAGCAGAGAGGUUCUAAAUAAAUUAUUGUUGCCA